AUCUGGAUGGCUCCAAUAUUGCUCGCCAAUUUUGUUGUACAGGUAAUGUUAAGUUGGUUGAGCAGAUGCAUGACAAAAAACAGGGCAGUUCACUAUGCGUCACCAGUGAGAGCUAUGAAAACACAGAAACCUCCUUUCUUGGAAAAAUCCAAACUAAAAACACAUGUUGUUUGUGCCUCACAUCUAAUAAACAUUUAUUGACUUUCUCGAUCCAAAGCUUCUACUCAGAUUGGCUUCAAAACACCAUAAGUACCCUAUUGCUUCACGACCCCAGCAGACAUCCUAAAUCAGUAUUCAGUUCCAACAAACUUCUCUCAUUAACUCAAACUCCUCCCACAACUUAAAGCAGCACACAAAUCAGUUCAUUCCCUCAUUUUUUGUGGGACCACUGAGAGCCAUGAAGCAUGUGUUUCUGCUGUUUUUUUCUCUGCUGCAGGCUCCUCAGCAGACACGGACAGAUGACAGGACAACCUGUGAGCCACUGACAGCCAGCUUUUGUCAAGGUUUGGGGUAUUCUACUACCCCCCAUCCCGACGGAGUCCAAGGAUUUAGUUUAAGCCAAAUUGGUCAGAUUGUGGAGACGGCCUGUUCACCACAUAUUGCCACGGUGAUGUGUCGUGUUGUGGUGCCUGAAUGUGGCUCAGAAAAUAACAGCUGGAAGAAACCGUGCAGAGCUCUGUGUCAGAAGGUCAAGAAGGACUGCGAGUCCACUCUUAGGGAAAAAUGGCUGUUCUGGCCGAUGAGACUUGGAUGUGAAAAUCUGCCAGAGUCUGACUGCAUCCAGAGUCAGGGUAACCUUGUCACACCUGUCCCUCCACCAACCUGUCAAAGAAUCACCAUGCCUCUCUGUGCUGACCUGCCUUACACUGAAACCAUCAUGCCAAAUAUUCUGGGUCACAAAACCCAGGAUGAAGCUGCCAUGGCCAUGAGACAGUUUUCAUCACUUGUUAGAGGACAAUGCUCCUCUCAUCUGAAGCCUUUCCUAUGCUCUGUAUACGCACCCAAAUGUGUGUCAGGAAGAGCACAGCCUCCAUGCAGAAGACUGUGUGAGCAGGCAAAGUCAGAAUGUGCCACAUCAAUGAGGAACUUCGGCUUACAAUGGCCUGAAGCUUUGAAAUGUGAGACAUUUACCACAGAGUCCUAUGAGCAGGCUCCUCAGCAGGCAAGAACACGGACAGAUGACAGGACAAACUGUAAGCCGGUAACAGCCAGCUUUUGUCAAGGUUUGGGGUACUCUACUACCUCCCACCCCGACGGAGUCCAAGGAUUCAGUUUAAGGCAAAUUGGUCAGAUUGUGGAGACGGCCUGUUCACCACAUAUCGCCACAGUGAUGUGCCGUGUUGUGGUGCCGGAAUGUGGCUCAGAAAAUAACAGCCAGAAGAAACCGUGCAGAGCUCUGUGUCAGAAGGUCAAGAAGGAAUGUGAGUCCACUCUGAUGGCAAAAUGGCUGUUCUGGCCGAUGAGGCUUGGAUGUGAAAAUCUUCCAGAGUCUGACUGUGUGCAGGAUGAAGGGCAUCCUGUCACACCAGUCCCCCCACCAACUUGUCAGAGAAUCACUCUUCCUCUCUGUGCUGACCUGCCUUACACUGAAACCAUCAUGCCAAAUGUUCUCGACCACAAAACCCAGGAUGAAGCUGCCAUGGCGAUGAGACAGUUUUCUUCUCUCGUUAGAGGACAAUGCUCCUCUCAUCUGAAGCCUUUCCUGUGCUCUGCAUAUGCACCCAAAUGUGUGUCAGGAAGAGCACAGCCUCCAUGCAGAAGACUGUGUGAGCAGGCAAAGUCAGAAUGUGCUGCAUCGAUGAGGAACUUUGGCUUACAGUGGCCUGAAGCUUUGAAAUGUGAGACAUUUACCACAGAGUCCUGUGAGCAGGCUCCUCAGCAGACAAGAACGCGGACAGAUGACAGGACAAACUGUAAGCCGGUAACAGCCAGCUUUUGUCAAGGUUUGGGGUACUCUACUACCUCCCACCCCGAUGGAGUCCAAGGAUUCAGUUUAAGCCAAAUUGGUCAGAUUGUGCAGACAGCCUGUUCACCACAUAUCGCCACAGUAAUGUGCCGUGUUGUGGUGCCGGAAUGUGGCUCAGAAAAUAACAGCCGGAAGAAACCAUGCAGUGCUCUGUGUCAGAAGGUCAAGAAGGAAUGUGAGUCCACUCUGAUGGCAAAAUGGCUGUUCUGGCCAAUGAGGCUUGGAUGUGAAAAUCUUCCAGAGUCUGACUGUGUGCAGGAUGAAGCACGACCUGUCACACCAGCCCCCCCACCAACCUGUCAGAGAAUCACUCUUCCUCUCUGUGCUGACCUGCCUUACACUGAAACCAUCAUGCCAAAUGUUCUGGGCCACAAAACCCAGGAUGAAGCUGCCAUGGCAAUGAGACAGUUUUCUUCUCUCGUUAGAGGACAAUGCUCCUCUCAUCUGAAGCCUUUCCUGUGCUCUGCAUAUGCACCCAAAUGUGUGUCAGGAAGAGCACAGCCUCCAUGCAGAAGACUGUGUGAGCAGGCAAAGUCAGAAUGUGCUGCAUCGAUGAGGAACCUCGGCGUGCGGUGGCCUGAAGCUUUGAAAUGUGAGACAUUUACCACAGAGUCCUGUGAGCAGGUUGUUUCUCUGCUGCAGGCUCCUCAGCAGACAAGAACACGGACAGAUGACAGGACAAACUGUAAGCCGGUAACAGCCAGCUUUUGUCAAGGUUUGGGGUACUCUACUACCUCCCAUCCCGACGGAGUCCAAGGAUUCAGUUUAAGGCAAAUUGGUCAGAUUGUGCAGACGGCCUGUUCACCACAUAUCGCCACGGUGAUGUGUCGUGUUGUGGUGCCGGAAUGUGGCUCAGAAAAUAACAGCCGGAAGAAACCAUGCAGAGCUCUGUGUCAGAAGGUCAAGAAGGAUUGUGAGUCAACCCUGAGGGACAAAAUGCUGUUUUGGCCGAUGAGACUUGGAUGUGAAAAUCUUCCAGAGUCUGACUGUGUGCAGGAUGAAGCACGACCUGUCACACCAGUCCCCGCACCAACCUGUCAGAGAAUCACUGUUCCUCUCUGUGCUGACCUGCCUUACACUGAAACCGUCAUGCCAAACGUUCUCGGCCACAAAACCCAGGAUGAAGCUGCCAUGGCGAUGAGACAGUUUUCAUCACUUGUUAGAGGACAAUGCUCCUCUCAUCUGAAGCCUUUCCUGUGCUCUGCAUAUGCACCCAAAUGUGUGUCAGGAAGAGCACAGCCUCCAUGCAGAAGACUGUGUGAGCAGGCAAAGUCAGAAUGUGCUGCAUCGAUGAGGAACUUCGGCCUACAGUGGCCUGAAGCUUUGAAAUGUGAGACAUUUACCACAGAGUCCUGUGAGCAGGCUCCGCAGCCGGCAAGAACACGGACAGAUGACAGGACAACCUGCAAGCCGGUAACAGCCAGCUUUUGUCAAGGUUUGGGGUAUUCUACUACCCCCCACCCCACCGGAGUCCUGGGAUAUCAGCUGCAGCAAGUUGGUCAGAUUGUGGAGACGGCCUGUUCGCCACAUAUCGCCACGGUGAUGUGCCGUGUGGUUGUCCCGGAAUGCGGCUCAGAAAACGACAGCCGGAAGAAACCGUGCAGAGCUCUGUGUCAGAAGGUCAAGAAGGAUUGCGAGCCUGUCUUAAAGGCAAAGCGGCUGUCAUGGCCAAUGAAACUGCGGUGUGAAUCCUUACCAGAGUCAAACUGUGCGCAGGUUCAGGAAGUCCCAGUCAAACCAACUGUCCCAGCAACCACCUGUCAGAGAAUCACUGUUCCUCUUUGUGCCGACCUGCCUUACACUGAAACCAUCAUGCCAAAUAUUCUGGGCCACAAAACCCAGGAAGAUGCUGGCUUAGCAGUACAUCAGUUUGUCCCAUUUGUUGAAGUGGAAUGCUCCCGUCAUCUGAAGCCUUUCCUGUGCUCUGUCUACACUCCUAAAUGUGUAUCAGGAAGACGUCAAGCUCCGUGCAGAGCUCUCUGUGAGCAGGCACGCUCCGGCUGUGAGCCACUAAUGAGAAAAUUUGGCUUUCCGUGGCCUAAUGCUCUGAACUGUGAAGCAUUCACCUCAGAGUACUGUGAAACGCUUCCUCCCCUCAGAUUUCUUGAAAAAACUCCUUCCUCAUGUCAGCCCAUCACAUCUUCUUUCUGCAAUGACCUGCCGUACACUCAAACGGUGAUACCUGGCAUCCUUGGCCAUGCAACGCAGGAAGAAGCAAACCAGGCAAUUAACACUUUUACACCCCUAAUAGAGCUGGGGUGCUCCCCUCAUAUAAAGACCUUCCUGUGCUCCGCCUUCUUCCCUAAAUGUGUGUCCGGGGCAGCUCAGAGUCCGUGCAGGGUGCUGUGUGAGCAAGUGCGAUCCAGCUGUGAGCCGGUGCUGAACAGGUUUUCCUACAAAUGGCCUGAAGGCCUCAAAUGUGAAGCAUUUACAAAUGAAUACUGUGAACAGUUCGGCGUGAGCAGCAGCGGAGGGAUCUGUGAACCCAUCACGAUACCCAUGUGCCAGGGCUUGUCCUACAACCAGACCAUUGUUCCAAACCUUCUGGGCCACACAAGUCAGAGAGAAGCGGUCACCAAGAUGUCCUUCUUUAACUCCAUAGUGCAGACUGUGUGUCCGGCAGACAUACGGCUCUUCCUGUGCCGGGUGUACGCCCCGCAGUGUGUGGAGGGGCAGCUGCAGCGGCCUUGCAGGUCACUGUGCGAACAAGCCAAGCGGGACUGUGAAGGUUUGAUUGUCAACUUUGGGGUUUCCUGGCCAGAUGAGCUGCAGUGUCACUUAUACCCAGAGGAAAACUGUGUUUCUUCACGGGAGAACAGCAGAAUGAAGAUGCUGAGUGCUGAAGAUGUUCUCGACAAACUGAAUGCUGGUGGUUACACAGUUCAUGGCAAAUCGCUGACGCUGAAGACUGCCCAGCUGCUCAUGACUCUCAUGGAUAGAAACAAGUCAGGAGACCUGGAUGUGAUGGAGUUCUUGAAGCUGGAGCACUUUGUGGCUGCUAUCAGGAGGGAGUAUGCAGAGAACUACGACAGCAGGAAUCCUGCUGUCACAAAGAUCCAGAUGAAGAAGGCCAUUGCUGCUCAUGAUUUUAACUUGGAUGGGGAAACGUUUGAUGCUCUGUGGUCUGUGCAAGACUCCAAAACUGGGAUCGACUAUGAUGAUUAUAUGGCAGCAUUGACUAAACUUUAUAUUCUCAAAGAUCGUUUUCAGGCCCAUUUGCUUGAUUUGCCGUGUAACUGCCACGUAGCCAGCUUCUCUUUGGAGCAGUUCAUGAAGGCAGCCAUCAUGUGAAAGCUAAGUUCCAACAACAAGAAGACAUCUAACAACAGGAGCACUCUCUGCAUACAUUUUUAAACAAUCUGGAUAAUUGGAAAACAGUCUUUAUCUGUUGAUAGUUUUUACAAUCAUUUUUGGAAAAGCUGGGCUUUUAAUAAAAGGUUGUAGAACUUUUUAAUAUAUAUUUUUUUUACUUUUACUUUAUUGUUUACUUCAUUUCAGUUUCUGCUGAUCAAGUAGUGCUGUUUUAAACUGAUUACACUGUUCUUACACUAUAAUGGUCUGUUUUUGCCUAAAAGCCGAGCUUCUAAAAAUUCAAAAAUACGAAAUUUAAACCAGUAACUGUAAGCACAGCUAGUUAAUCCGAAAGGUUAAAACUGUGUUUUUAUAUUUGUUUUGUCAAAUGGCAUUAACAUAUCAAAAAAAUUAAAUCUGAGACUGUGGGAAGGAAAAAGUGUGUUAUGUGUGUGGAAACAUGUUUGGCUUGUAAGGCGAGAAAAACAAUAAAACAAGUUAAACAAUAAAAAAAUAGAAGAAGGAAGAAGAAAAAUGGUAAACAAAUGCUCAACCCGGAAGAAAAGAACUUCUUGUUUUUUCGCCAGCAGAUGUCAGUAAAGCAAAACGUUUGGACUGCCAAUAUUCACCUGUGAGCCUGGUAUUUCUCUUGAAGUUCAAGUUCGUUUGGUUUGCAAGAGACUUUUGCCGAUCCAUUCUAUUUCAAAGCAAUGUGCAUAUAAUAAAUGAAUGUGAAAAGUUUUACAAGAUUAAGUAUCAAUAAAGUCAUCCGUACUAA